AUGAAAGAGCAGGUGUUAUCCCCACAUUAUGCUUGCCCAGAGGUCAUAAGGGGGGAGAAGUACGACGGUCGCAGGGCAGAUGUUUGGAGUUGUGGAGUCAUUCUCUUUGCUCUUCUUGUGGGUGCCUUGCCCUUUGACCACGAUAACCUGCGGCAGCUUCUAGAGAAAGUGAAGAGUGGAGUAUUCCACAUGCCCCACUUUAUACCUCCUGACUGCCAAGCUCUGCUUAAAGGAAUGAUAGAAGUCAACGCUGACAAGAGACUCACGCUAGAAGCAAUACAGAAACACGCCUGGUACCAGGGUGGUCGUAAUGAGCCUUGCCCAGAACAGCCGCCCCCUCGUCGGGUGUGUGUGAAGAGGAUCCUGUCCUUAACAGAGCUGGACCCUGAUGUCCUGGAAAGCAUGUACUCCUUAGGGUGCUUCAGAGACCGGGUCAAACUCACACAGGACCUUACAAGUGAGGAGGAGAACCAGGAGAAGAUGAUCUACUACCUCCUGUUGGACAGGAAGGAGCGAUACCCCAGCUGUGAAGAUGAGGAUCUGCCACCUAGAAAUGACAUAGACCCACCCAGGAAGCGCGUGGACUCCCCCAUGCUGACGCGUCAUGGUCGCUGUCGUCCAGAGAGGAAGAGCCUGGAGGUCCUCAGUGUCACAGACCAGGGGUCUCCCACCCCACCUCGCAGGGCCCUGGACACUAAUGCACACAGCCAGAGGUCUCGUUCAGUCAGCGGAGCGUCCACAGGUCUGUCCUCCAGUCCUCUCAGCAGUCCCAGGGUCACGCCGCAGGGCUCACCGCUGCCCACCCCGCUGGGCACGCCUGUGCACCAAAUCCAACACCCUUCCUCCACCACCCCUCCCUCCUCCUCCUCCUCAUCUUCUUCUUCCAGAGCGGACGGAGCCGGCGGGGCCUCGCUGUCGCUGACCCCGCCCUCCAGCCCGGGUGGCAGUGGCGGUCUGGCCGCCUCGAGUUCCGCCCACUGGAGAACAAGGCUCAACUCGUUCAAAAACAACCUUCUGGGCUCGCCGCGCUUCCAUCGGCGCAAACUGCAAGUACCAACAUCAGAGGACAUGUCCAGUUUGACUCCAGAAUCCAGUCCAGAAUUGGCUAAGAGGUCCUGGUUCGGUAACUUCAUCAGCCUGGAGAAAGAGGAGCAGAUCUUUGUUUUGAUUCAAGACAAGCCGCUCAGCUCUAUCAAGGCUGACAUCGUCCAUGCCUUUCUCUCUAUCCCGUCCCUCAGCCACAGCGUGGUGUCUCAGAACAGUUUCCGGGCAGAGUACAAGUCCUCCGGCGGUCCCUCUGUCUUCCAGAAGCCUGUCAAGUUCCAAGUGGACAUUGCUUUCUCUGAGGGAGACAGGGAACGAGAAAGGGAACGAACAGAGAGGGAAGGAAGAAGAGAGCUGGGCAUCUACAGCGUAACUUUCACUCUAAUAACAGGUCCCAGUCGCAGAUUCAAGAGAGUGGUGGAAACCAUUCAGGCUCAGCUCCUGAGUACUCAUGAUCAGCCUUCUGUGCAGGCACUGGCUGAUGAGAAGAAUGGUCAGCUUUCCCGCCAGCCCAGCACUCCUUCGCGUCAGAAUUCCCGGCGUUCCGAAAGCGGAUCUGAGCGAGAGCGGGGAGAGAAGGAGCGUGCAGCAGAUGGUGGAAGUGGAAGUGGGAGCAGCAGCGGAACCGCCUUACAAAGGCGAGGGUCGGGGAAAGACAAGACCAGACUCCUCUCAUCGUCCAACGGGACACAGUCUCAUCCCUGAAAAGAAUGUUGUGGAAGAGAGGCGAGGAUCAUCUGCCUGGCCCUUUUCUCUUCUUUCCCUCAAUACUUCCCACAUUCUUUCCAUCCCUAUUUCCUAAUUCCUGCCUCGCUUCUUACCAUUAUUCCAAAGCAAUGGGAUGUAGGAGGGGGAAGUUUUUCCUUGAAGCUGAUCCAGGGAUAUGAUAACUCCUGCAAGUGGCUGAUUUUAGCAGAAAUGUAUACUUGCGGGGGUGGCGGAGGCAGGUUGAGCUGAUCUCUAGUCAGCCUUCAAGGGCAGCUUCACCCCGGAAGGACCGAUCUGAAGACAGGACGUCCAGACUAAGUCCCAACUUACCAGAAAAAUACAAGAAAAGCUUACAGCCAGGGAAACACACUGUUCACCCUCUCUGAUGAAUCAAAAAAGCACAUGCCCUUCCCACCGACCAAUCACAUGCAACACAUGGUCCAAAUUCAACAGGAAAACCUCCCAUCAGUCUGUUGAAAUGGCACAGGCCCUUAAGUCAUUCUCUAAUAUCAUUUUCUGACCAGCCAGCUGUCACCGGGAUCAUCAGGUCUCCUCAACACCACCUGCCCAAACACGUUGAGUCACAUGACAGGAAGCUCUCCUCUCUUCCCCUCACUUUCUAAUUGAAGACAACUGUGUAUUCUCAAGCAAAGCAACAAAAUUAGGUUGUCUUUCGAGAAAGGAAUGAGAAUGACAGGAGGAGUCUUGAUAUAGACUUGAUUGUUAAAGUGGAUAUUAUUUCUUAAUAAUUAGCAAACCUAAUGCUGUACUUUAACAAUCAAAGAGUCUGAGAGCAGAGGAAAAAAAACAACAAAAUGAUGGAGAAUGGAUCUGACGUGGUCUACGUAAUGUAGCCUUAGAGCUAGGGGUAUAUCGAAAUAAGACAGACAAGACACAACUUUUCCUAGUAUGUAUGAGCAGCAGAAAGUCCCACAAUUAUUUCUGAAUUACACUGAUAAAGCUAUGAUACCGUAUUGCCUUUUAUGGAGGAGAAAAAGUGGAUAGCUAGUUAGAUUUAGCCCCAUUUUGAGGACACUAGUCACACCACAGGUAGAAUGUCUCACAAGUGAAAACUCCUAGUAGAGAGGGAGAUGAAUAGAUAGAUAGAUAGAUAGAUGGAGACAAAACAGAGGUUAGCUAGAAACUAAAUACAUUUGGUAGCGAAGGAAGGAGAAAGGAAAAAACUAGUAGUCAGAAACUUAAGCUAUGUUCUGUUAAACAAUAGGUUGUUAAUACAACAUUCAUACAACAUAUGUACAUUGAAAUAGUUAUUGUUUGGUCUAGUUCUUCCUCUUCUAUCUAUACUGGCUGGAAAGCAAUCCCUUCAAGUGUGAAUCCACUGUGAAAGAUAGGGGCCAAAAUCCACAGUCCGUGAAUUUGUUUAGCUGAAGCUAAUAUGAGGAUUUAGCAGUCUGAAUUAGUCUAACUAGCUAGCAACAGCAAGCCUGUCAAACUUUGUAUUUCUCUACAUGUUGACGUGGUGGGCUGGGCUGUAGCAGAAGAGAUACUCACCUUUUUUUCAGGCUACUUUUAGCUAAAUUAGUGUGUAUAUAGCUAUCAAUAUACAAGUAUUAUACUUUAAUAGUUCUGAUGUUAAAAUUAGUCUGAGUUUUCUAUCAACUCAGCUAACAUCUAGCUGAUUUUGUUGCCAGCUAGAAAAUAAUAAGCCUGUUUUUUGUUUGUUUGUUUUCUGUAGUUCUUUUUAGCAAGUGGGAGAUAUUAUUACAAACUAAAUAUCGCUGACUCAGAAUUACUCUUUUUCUUUUAAACCGAUAAUACCGUCUGGUCAAUAUGAUGCAAAUGUGGCACAAGCCUACGUACACAUUUAAUUUGGCUAACUCAGCCUCCUCAGAGACCUAAUAUUUUAAACUAAUUACUUAGUAGCUAAUUAGCUUCAGCUGAACUUUAAAGUAAAUAUUUGCACUGCAUAUUAUGUCUCCUAUCUCUUAUAUUGGAGUCACUUUAAGAAGGGAUCACUUUGUAGCCAGCGUGGAGAGGAGGAAUGGUUACAGUGACCAAUAACUCUUUCAGUGCACAAUAUCGGUAUGUGAAUAUUGUAUGUAUGAAAAACUUCCAAAUCUAGCCUAACUGAGAAGAGAAUUAAUGUCCAUAUAAUUACAUUAAAUUGAAGAUGGAUGAUGCUGGAAAUGUGUAAUUAAAAUAAAGAGGCUGAUCAAACAGGACAACCAAGUUUAGGCUUUUUGUACCUGAAAUUAGGCAACCGAAACCCUUCCUAUGUUCCUUUGACAAUAGAUGCAGAACGAUGCAGGGCGACUCAAAGCCCCAACAAAAGCCUCAGCUCUUUCUGCCUCGCAGAUGGAGAUGAACAAUUAAUGUACUUUUCACAAAAAGGAAAACAAGAAAAGCAAGAAAGAAAAAGGACUCGGGUGUGUCUAUCACAAAAACUCUGCACACAUACUGUCUGGAGGGGGGAAAGGAAAAAUGAAGCCACACAUAAAGAAUGAAAUUUAGCUUGUUUUAUUUUUUCUAUCCAUACCUUCAUUUUUAACUGUGCUCUGGUCUUUCUGUGUCUGUUUUUUUUUUUAUGUUUACGUGUUUGCCACCAGCAAAAUAGAGGGCGGCGCCAACCAUGUGAUUGUCAACAAACUUUUUUGAAAUUAUUACAAAACAUAUUUUUUGUUCCAUAUGUUUAUUGAAAAUGUAUUUAUCUAUUUAUUUGCCAUGUAUUUGUUGAAAGUAUAAUAUAUAUUUUUUUUUAUGAGAAGCAGGAGGCAGGUGAAGACAGGGAAAUGUCCCUUUCAAGAUGUCCGACACUGCAGAGCUAACCAGCUUUCUCUGAGAAAAACUGAAAAACAGCUCCCCUCCUUCUUCUUUAAACUUAUGAAAACUGAUGCUGCAAAAAUACUUUCCAUCUUUGUAUUUUGUUCAUAGCUGCUGGAAUUUCACACCCACACACACACACACAUACACACACACACACACAGGCCUUUUAAAUUAUAAGUCUUUUUUAGCCAGGCUAGUGACGUGCCUCUAGGAAUGGCAAUGUCGGUUUGUUGGUUGGUCCACCACUUCAGUGCAAACUGAAAUAUCUUUGCCGAUAUUUUAUUAUUUAUUAUUAUUUAUUAUUAACAAUGUAUACUAUCCUUCGGACUUUGGUGAUCCCUUGAC